AUGUUGACUACAGCCGACAUUCGCGUUGCAAGGUUUGAACUUACAAUGGACGUCCGUGUAGGCGUGUGGACAACGCGAUUUACCUUCAAUGACCUGAAGGAAAUGUGCAACGCAAGGUUUGAACCCACGAUGAAUGCCACUUGCAACAAAUCUGAAAGUAACUCAGAUAUGCCAACACCUUCUUCCUUAAAAAUCAUUAAAAAAAAGAGCGAUACUACCUGUUGUGCAAUAAUGCUUUGGUGUUAUAGACUAAUAGUGGAGCCAAAUAAUUACACAAUAAGUGAAAAUCCUUCUAUUUAUCUUGUGAAUGUAAUGUACCUAUGCUCUGCUCAGUACUUGAUGGUCAAUUCUUAG